AACUGUCAGAAUCUGAAGUGGAAGUUUAGUGUAGGCUGUGGGAAGGAAUUUAUUCAAAGAAAAAGCAUAACGUAUUUAAAAAACAUCGGAUCUAAAGAUGUCCUCGGAUGAAGAAGGAGCUAGUACGAGUCCAGUGUUGCCCAGAGAUUCAGAUCGGGGUAGUUCAGUCUCAUCAGAACUGCAGGAUGAAUAUGAAGAGCUGCUUCGAUAUGCUGUAGUAACCCCAAAGUUUGAACUCGGUACCCAGAGGCAGGCCCUGAGUGCUUCGCAACUGACAGCAGAUGGGAGAAUCUCAAGCUUAAUGGAUGAUGUUCUCUUGCAGAAUUCGGCAGAUCAAGACGAAAGCAGACAUGAAUUACCUUCAGAUAGACAGUUAGGAACAUCAAGAGUCACAACUGAAGGGAGACCUGCAGCUGCCAUGGAAAGAAUGGAAGGUCAGGGGGUGCUAUUAAGGACUCCUGUUGAGUCUGAUGUGGAAUCUGGCUCUAAUCUUCAUUCACCUGCUCAUUCUGUAAAGACCUCAUCAGUAAGCGUCUUACCUAGUACCUCUGAUUACAAUGUGAUUAUGGAACUGUUUAUUCCUGAAAAGAACAUGAACAAAAUGGAACACUUACUGGAUACCUGGAGCAACCAACUAAAGACAAAUGUUAUAAUUGAGCUGAGAAAAUGGAAACUGGCUGUCAUUGAACAACACAGACUGCAAAUGAAGAACGAAAGAGAAAAGCAUGCCGCCCAUGUGGCUCGUUUAACCAGCGAUAUGGACAAUUUAAAGGAGCUGCUACAUACGUAUGAGAUCUCGAACCAGAGAAAAGAUGAGGUGAUCUCUAACCUUAUCCAUGGAAUGGAACGACAGAGGGAAAAGCAGGAGCUGAUGCGAACUUUCUCUCAUUGGAGAAGCAAGCAGUGCGAGGCCAGGGAGGAGGCAUAUUCAAAUGGCCUAGCUGAUCGGCACUACAAGCAAAUGCUAAUGAAGAAGGUGUGGGUGGCUUGGCACUCUGUCAUUGAAGUGAAAUGGAGAGAAAGGGUGGAGCGGGCAUGUCAAGCUAGGGCCGAGGAGGUCUGUCUCCAGUUAUCCGCUGAUUAUGAACGUAAAAUUGAAGAACUUUCUGAAGCACUUGAAAAAGCCAGAUGUGAGAUCCAGCAGUUACAUUCUGAAAGGGAGCGAUAUGAAGAAUCAAUGAAGAAAGCAUUUAUGCGUGGGGUGUGUGCCCUGAAUAUGGAGGCGAUGACCAUGUUUAAUGGAAGAGAGGGUGGGCUGGAGCAUGAGCAUCCCUCCCGAAGGGAAGAGCCUGGCUCCAGCAUGUCUGUUCAUUUUCAACAGCCAGCAGCAACCUCAGCCAGCUUCAGCCCUGUUCACGUUGAAUCUGCCCCUGCAACAGCAGCACCUAGUGAUACAGAGCAGAUGUUCACAUCCCAUUUUGGAUCUGUUAGCGCGCCAGCUAGAACAGCAGAAGGCACCACUCCAACACCAUCAACCCACAAACUGUCUGUCACCCGGGUUGUGACAGCAGCACAGCAGAGAGCAGGGAAGACUAUAACCGCUCGGAUCACAGGCCGAUCAGACCUAGGACCGAAGAGCAGCAGGAUCGCGGGCAAUCUCAAUGUGAUGGGUGUGGCCCCGCCAAUGAGUUCAGUUGUUGUGGAACGGCAUCAUCCAGUUACACAGAGAACUGUUGGCCAGGCGACAGCUGCAAAGUUUCCCCGGUCUGGGCAUCAGCCCUCCAGUGCUGGCAGAGUUUCGGGACACAGUGGAAGAAGUCAUCAAAUCCAAUCAAUAAAAGUCGUUGAAUGA